GGCACACAAUUCGUGGCUUCUUGUAACGUCUUUGCAACGAAUUGAAAUUGUUCGUUUUGCACUUGCUAAAGGAUAUUUGAGUUAUUCUAAUACGCAGUUUAAUCGUACAGUGUUUUUUAAGCAAACAACUCCCUCUUUGGUGUAUAAACCGCAUCGUCUCCUGGGUGCUGUAGCCAAUGGCUCUAUCGGCCUGCCGAACUUUUGUGAACGGGAUUUCCGUGUUUAUAAUCAGAAACAAAAUUGCUCGAUUUGAACGGUGGAGAUUGACCCUCGCUGGAAAGCUGUUUUGUAGCUGUGGUCCUGUUUCGAACGAAAGACCAGCAACAGGUCAGACAGUGGUUACAGAAAAGAAUGGUCCAGUGGUUACUGUGGGGAUUAACAGGCCAGAGGUGCGUAAUGCAGUGAACCAAGAGACUGCCCAGAGGUUAGCGAAGGAGCUUUCAGCUUUUGAUCAGGAUGACACCCUCAGUGUUGCUGUGCUGCAUGGAAUAGGAGGUCAUUUCUGUGCAGGUUAUGAUCUUAAGGAGCUUUCCCAGGGCUCUGCCUCUCUCAAGCUGAAGCCAGAUGUUACCCAAGGUCCAGCUCCAAUGGGUCCCUCCCGUCUGAGACUAUCCAAGCCACUGAUUGCGGCAGUGAGUGGUUAUGCUGUGGCUGGGGGAUUGGAGCUAGCUCUGUUGGCUGAUCUCAGAGUGGUGGAAGAGAGUGCCAUCAUGGGGGUUUUCUGCCGCAGAUUUGGUGUGCCACUGAUUGAUGGAGGUACAGUGCGGCUGCCGCAGCUAAUUGGUCUGUCCCGAGCCCUGGAUCUCAUUAUGACCGGCAGACCUGUGGAAGCUCAGGAAGCGCUUGCUUUCGGACUGGCGAACAAAGUCGUGCCUGACGGACAAGCUUUACAGGCAGCUGUUGAACUUGCUGAGCAGAUCAGUUCCUUCCCUCAACUUUGUCUCCGUGCUGACCGUAACUCCGCAUACCAUGCUACCUUUGACUCUAUGUCUUUUACCCAGGCUAUGCAGUAUGAGAUCGACCACGGCCUGCCAGUAAUCACGGCUGAAUCUGUCCCCGGGGCAACCAGAUUCAGCUCUGGUGUUGGUCGAGGUGGAAAGUUCUCUUGAAUGAACUUAACAGUUCACAUCCAGUAUGAAAUCAAGUAGUAGCAGGGGUAAUGUUAGUAAUAAUAGUUUGUUUGAGAGAAACUUUGGAUUACUGUUUAAUACCUUAUCUAACGGUCUGUUUUCCAAGAAAGUUUUUUUAUACUUUAGGAUUUGUCCAUGAGAGAAAUAGUCCAGAGAGUCGUCGGUGGAAAACUGCUUCUUUUUAAACAACCAAAGCUCUGGUGAAUUUAAAAGUAAUAUUAUAUUUUUUAAACCUCCUUGUCCGUAGCAAUGGUUCCCACAAAUCUACAAACAGUUCUAUUUGAAUACACUUCUAAUCUGAGUUGGAGGAAACAUUCUCUGUCUUCAGCCAUGCAGGCAAGGAUCUCUGUCAGACCAAAACAACUUUUAAUCACAAAUGAUUAAAUUGAAUGAAUAUGAAAGUACACAAUACUACUUAAAAGUGCAACUGUUGAAAAGAUGCUCCAAUGAUACAAAGGGAUCAUCAGUUUAGCAAUGGUUUAUUUGGGUUAAAUGAUGGAUACAGAAUACACAGAUAUCAGAGAUGCAGAGCAUGUGAUAAAUGCAACUUCGUCCAGUUUCUUCUUACAUGUCCUAAAGUUUGUUAUUAGUGGAUUUAAAUAAAUUAAAUAAUCCUACUUAA